GUGGUCUGCAGAUGCAGCAGACUUGAGAGCGCUGUUUCCCGGCCAGCCUCCCAGCUGUGACUAGCUGUGAUUUCUUCUUCUUCCUCUCCCCCCUCGCCGUAUUUACUCCCAGCAGAGGCCUGCCGUCGCUCUUUCCGGGUGAAGAUGGAGCUCCGGACGAUCCUCCACGCUCUCCUCCUCCUCUCAGCCUCCUGUCUGCAGUCGGUGUACGGCGCGGCUCCACGUAGGGGACCGAAAGUCACCGAGAAGGUGUUUUUUGACAUCACAGUGGCGGGUCACGAGGUCGGGCGGAUCGUCAUCGGCCUUUUUGGGGAGGUCGUCCCGCUCACUGUCAGUAACUUUGUUUCCCUGGCAACCGGAGAGAAAGGUUACGGCUACAAAGGGACAAAGUUCCACAGAGUCAUCAAGGACUUCAUGAUCCAGGGAGGAGACUUCACAGUUGGAGAUGGAACCGGAGGUCACAGCAUCUAUGGAACAACUUUUGCAGAUGAGAACUUCAAACUGAAGCAUUUAGGAGCAGGCUGGGUGAGUAUGGCGAACGCUGGUCCUGACACCAAUGGAUCACAGUUCUUCAUCCUGGCUACCAGAGCACCGUGGCUGGAUGGGAAGCACGUGGUAUUUGGCAAAGUCCUGGACGGGAUGGCUGUGGUUCACACCAUCGAGCUUCAGGACACCAACGACAGGAACCUGCCGUACACCGAGUGUGUGAUCGUCAACAGCGGCAGGAUCCCCGUCAAAGAGCCCUUCGUGGUGGAGGUGGAGGGCUGGUAAAUGCCUCUGUUAGGAGCAAAGACAGGAUGUGAUUAUUAUGUGUUGGUGAUCAAUCAGAAGUCCAGUUUGCAGCCAAAUUCACUUUCUCAUAUUAUAACUUUUGCAUGUUAACAUGCUGACACUAACAUGCCUGAAACUAGGGCUGGCUAUUGUUUAUAAUUGAUUUAUAAUGGGGCUGAAACAAUAUUUAUAUUUAUUUGCCUUUAUUUAAACUCACCGAGGAUGAUAGUGGUAUUGAUUUUACUAUUGUUACAAAAUCUUUAUAAUUUUGAAUUUUAAGGAAUAUAAGCACUUUUUUUUCUUUUCUAUAAAACAUAAAAGUUUUAUAGAAACAUUUUGUCUUCACAUAAGUCAAGUUGUACAACAACGUUGCCCGGAGUACAAUACAGAUGAAAAAUUAUGAUUUCAGUCAGGAAACAUUUGAUCAAAGUGUAAACAAAAGUAAUAAUCUCAACAGGCAUUCAAGGUCAUCUUUAAAUAUUUUAAUGUUUUCAGUAGUCAGUGCUGUAGACACCAUUUGGUUGGUAAGAAACCCUACUGAGGUUCAAUAACCAGCUUUAUGAGCAAGCCAGCAUGGAAAUGAAUCAUUGUAUCCUGAAAGUUAACAUGUUCACAAGCUAUGUUAGCAUACCAUUAGUUGUAAAAUGACAGAUAAUGCUAACAAACACUAGUCAGCAACAGUCCUUCGACAUCGAACAAGUGAACUUGACUUCUGAUCGAUUUCUGCUGCAUGGAGAUGAGAAAAACAUCAAGAAAACAAAAGAAAAAGGGAAGAGAGGAAAUAUUUUUAUUAAGUCAUUAACAGAUCAUAUCACCCAGUGAUACAAUUGCCUGUGAGGGGAGGGAAGAUUUUUUAUCAUCUUUCUGAAAAAUGACUCUGUGGCAUAUUUGAAACAUCCACUUUAACAGUCACAUUGUGUAAUUCAUCACAGAUAGUAACGGGACACAGAUGUGUCGCCAUUUCAUACUAUUCUCUAUGCUUAGGUGAAAACCUAAUAUCUCCAAAAUGACCACUUUUGCAGCACUGAAAUGUUUAAAACUAAUUUCAGUAAUGAAGAAACUUAACAGUCUGGACUCACAAACAUAGAACUUUGUUGGUGCCGCUGUCACAAAGACAACUUUUAUGGUAUUAGCAACUACCAACAACAAAGGAUAAACACACAAGUUUAUCCACUCAGUAAUCAACAUGAUUUUCUUGGGAGACUUCAAGCCCAGUGGCAGACAUAUGUGCAAAGGGAAAACAAAGUUUAUAUGAAACCAAGGAAUAUGAAUUACUUAUAAGGUAAUACGAUAAAGCAAAGGUUGAUUCUUUGAUCCAUUUACGUGGUGUUGAUUUGUGACAUACUCCUUGUAGAAGUACCUCCUCUAUACAUAAUAAAACUACCAAAACUACGGAGAUAUUAGGUUUCCAGCUCACAGUGACAUUGUAUUCACAGAGGCGUGGUGUCAGUUUGAUAUCCUGUGUUCAGUAUUUAUCAGGUUCACUGUGGUUCAUGCUAACGGUUUUAUACGUUAGCAUAGUUGCAUAUUUAGUGGAUGGUGCCGGUUAGCAUCAUUAUAGCUUAACAAUGAACUGUGACUCUAACAUGACAUAUAUCAUGGAAACUUGCACUUGAACAACGAUGUAGCUCCUCAUUCAAUCUCUUAUUGCCAAAUCAUUCCUUAUUUGCCAAAUGUGCUCGCACUUUCUAUGCAUCAAAUCAGUACUCCAGGAUCUGUUCAUAGACAUAUGCAAAAAAAAAACUGCGCAGCAAGUGUCAUAUGCCAUUUUAGCACUUUCUAAUGAUUUGUUAUCACUCCAUCUCGGAAAAUGAAAAUUUGUGUUCACAUCCUGAUUACACCAAGUAUAAGUAUAUUUUCCCUCUGAUGCAUUAUGCAAAAACUACAGCACAAAUUGCACAGGAGGAAAAUGUUCUGUUAAUAGUGUUGCUGCCCUCUCAACAAUGAUAUCAAAUGUUGUGCUUUAUGUUGGGAGGUGUGUCGUUGCUGACUGUCAUCGGGUCAGUGAACUCACCUGACUGUUAAUAUUUAAUCUUUUGUCGCUGUUCUUUUAAAUGUUGUGAUUUCAGUCAACCCCAAACUGUCACGGUAGCAUUAUAGUUAUAACUGAUAUUCCUCACUGAAGUCGAUGCAGCGUUCAGAACCUCUUUAGUAGCAAACAUAUCAGAAGUUCUGUUUUCAUGAUUUGUAAAACAACAGCGGAACAAGAAGAGUGCCAACAAGUGUAUUUUCUACAAUAAACAAUAUGCUGUUGCUAAACAAUCUCA